CAAUCUCAUAAGCCAGUUGAUGUGAUGGGGAAUUAAUUCGCCAAAUAUUUCUCGAAAAAUCAUCGAUUCCCUGAAGAUCACGAAUUGUCGACCGGAUUCCCAGUCUCAGCAUCCUUCUUCUCACGGUUAUCCCGCGUACCAAAGCCCCCGAGAGAGGGUGUCAUGGUGAUGGGCGUGGCUCAAAAAACCCGAUAAAGCUCCGCCUAUCGUCCAGUGGCAUCCCCAGAAUCACCACCGAUGGGGGUUGUUUCUCCCCUCUGCAUCUAUUCAGCGAGGGGGUAGGUGAGUGAGGGGGAGGGGUGGCAUGCUACUGUCACUUUCGAGAAACUAGAAACCAUCGUAUAUCAUCGAGUCAUUCUCUCCUCCACACUGGACAUUAAUCGUGGAUCUCUCGGAGUUUAGUCUGCAUAAUAUUUUUUCAAGACUGUGCAAUUUUUUAUUUCGUGCUGUGAAUUAAAUGCAAGUGCAACAAUAAAUCAAAUUAUUGUGAGACGAAGGAAUUAACGAUGAAAAAUACUGUCAGUGCUUUAUCACCCCCUGAAAAUCAUUAGAGAGAGCUGACAGUUUUCCAGUAAUUUUUUUUUCACACAAUUUUUUAAAUAAAAUUAUUCAUGAAUCAAAAAAUAAAAAAGCAAGUGUCUCGUGAUAAUUAACAUGGUGGAAAGUACAUACACCGGUGAUUCUCCAAGAACUCACUCACCAAUGACGGAGCCUUCGAGCCCUCUCCAUGACACCCCAUCAGGACUCCCUUCCAAUCACGGUCACAAUCAUCAUAAUCAUCACCACCGCUAUCUGUACAACUACUCACCGGAGAGUAUUCAACAAAAAUUGCGAGCGGAAUUGUCAGCGAAGGAGCUCUCCCGAAGUCCAGGAAGUCCGGAGAACUCGAGACACCGACAGUUGAAUAAAGCCACCAAUUCGUCAUCUAUGUCAUCCCCGACAUCACUAUUCACUAUCGAUAGUAUUUUAGCACCUAGGCCAACAGGUAGUGUCAGUGGAACCCCAGCCACGAGCACUAGUGGAUUAGCUAUUCUUCAGGGGUGCCCGGAGACCGUCGGCUCACCACCGAGAACCGCUAUUCAUCCACUUCAACAGCAGUUACAUCAUCUUGCCUUCACCCCAGCUGAUUUUUUGGCUGCGGCAUAUCCCGGUCUCUACUCCGGAGGCUACGUCGCGGCCAUGGCAGCAGCGGGGGUAUCCCUGCACGGUCAGCCCGCUUUCUAUCACACGACGCAUCCCUAUCAGAUGAGUCCCAAUGGGCCCGGAGUGGGGCCCAUGACAAAACGAAAACGAAGACACAGAACGAUAUUCACGGAGGAGCAGUUGGAGCAGCUGGAGGCAACUUUCGAUAAGACACACUAUCCGGAUGUCCUGUUGCGUGAACAGCUUGCCCUCCAGGUCGACCUCAAGGAGGAGAGGAUCGAGGUAUGGUUCAAAAAUCGUCGAGCAAAAUGGCGAAAGCAGAAGCGAGAAGAGCAAGAGCGACUCCGCAAACUACAAUUGGAGCAACGACAGCGAACGGAGGACGGUAUGCCCCCACUGUCUCGCGGUCACAUUUCCCUAAAUGGCCAACACGAUCCGGACACCGAUAGUUCCGAUCUCGAGGUCGCGUAGUUCACGUUUAAAUCCGGUACAUGAAAUCCCAGUGAAUCUUUUAUAAUGACUCAAAAAAACCGUCACUAAAAUGACUUAACUAUCAUAUAAUAAACUACUCUAGAGCCCUAAAGAAAAAUCAAAAUAGCGUAUUUAAAUAAAUUAUGUAAAUACAUCACGUUAAUUUGUAAAUACGAGUAGACCUGUACAUAUGCUUGGUAAAUGUGUAUAAAUACGAAAUAAAUUAUU